AUGUUUCAGCGCUUCACCAGCCUCUUCUUCAGCGCUCCUCCACCCCCUGAGGACCUUGACUGCCCCCACGCCUUCGUUUCUGAGGAAGAUGAGGUGGACGGCUGGCUCAUCAUUGACCUGCCGGAGAGCUACGUGGCUCCACCUAGCCCCGGGGCUGCUCCGGCUCCCGCAGGCCGACCCCCGCCCGCGCCCUCCUUGAUGGACGAGAGCUGGUUUGUUACCCCUCCCGCCUGUUUUACUGCAGAGGGACCCGGACUCGGGCCCGCCCGCCUCCAGAGCAACCCCCUGGAGGACCUCCUCAUCGAGCACCCCAGCAUGUCCGUUUACGUCACUGGCAGUACCAUAGUGCUGGAGCCGAGGUCCCCUUCCCCGCACCCCGACGUUGCCCAGCCUGAAGGCCACCUUAGCGACGGGGAGUUGGCGCCCGUCCGCCGUGAGCCUCGGGGCCUCCACCACGCCGCAGCCGCUGCCCCGCUGCCCGCUCGGGCUGCGCUGUUGGAGAAGGCGGGCCAGGCACGGCGGCUGCAGCGGGCCCGACAGCGGGCUGAGCGCCAUGCGCUGAGCGCCAAGGUGGUGCAACGACAGAACCGCGCCCGGGAAAGCCGUCCACGUCGGCCCAAGCACCAGGGCAGCUUCGUCUACCAGCCGUGCCAGCGCCAGUUCAACUAUUGA